AUGCCUGUUUUGGAUAAUUUGAACGUCCGUGCUGUGACUGUUGUGGCCACUGUAUCAGUUUCUGCAUAUUUUAUUUAUCGAAAGAUCGUUGAACCGUUACAUUAUUUCGAGCAGAUAGGAAUUCCUGGUCCCACACCCGUAGCAUUUCUUGGAAAUCUUCCUGACUUGGAGGAGGGUAUCCAUCUCGCUCAUGUUGCUCUAAAAGAGAAGUACGGUAAAGUCUUUGGAUUAAUCAUUGGUAGAAAGCCGCAAAUUGUAGUUUGUGACGUUAACAUACUGCAAAAAAUCCUAAUCGAAAAUUUUAAUGGUUUCUGCAAUAGAAGAGGAUUUCAAUUAUUACCUUACGAUAAUUUAAAAUAUGGCGUAAAUACAUUACGUGAUCGUGAAUGGCGGCGUGUUCGCUCGAUCUUGAUGCCGGCCUUUACUUUAGAAAGUUGUGAAGAAUUAGCCCCCAUUAUUGCAAAAUCGUGUAACAUACUUCUUAUCAAGUUUCUACAGGCAUCGUAUACUGAACAAGCUCUGAAUAUCAGCAGUGCUAUGAAUCAAUUUGCAACGGAAAUCACGAUGGUGACGUUAUUUGGUCAACCUGGAAAGUUGCAAACUAGUGUAAAUGUCAGACCAGACAAGUUAACCAUUGCUAUCAAUUCUAUCUUCCGUGUACCUCCUAUGACAAGCUUGCUAAUAUUGGCCAUACCACCGCUGUCGUCCUACUUGCUGAAGAUAAAUUCUACUGGUUUUCGCUACUUAGAGUCUGUCUGUUAUCGAGCUAUACGCCGAAAGCGUGAAAGGAUUGCAGAGAAGAUGGAAUGCCAACGUGACCUAUUGCAGCUAAUGCUGGAAGCAGAUCGUAAUGGUAAACUAAAUGACACUGAUAUUGCUAGCCAGUCAUUAACAUACCUAUUGACUAGCUAUCAUCCGUUAAAGAACGGUUUAUGCUUCCUUGUGUAUUUGAUUGCAACGCAUAAAGAGGUUCAAAAUAGACUUAUUAGGGAAAUUGAUGAAAAUUUGCCAAAUCGGGAAUUACCGACUCAGAAAGAAAUAUCAAAAUUAGUAUAUCUAGAUGCAGUUAUCAAGGAAACAUUAAGACUUUAUCCUGCUACCUUUAUUUAUCAUCGUGAAGCUGUUGAAGAUUGCUCAAUAAAUGGAUUUUUCUUUCCGAAAGAAGUAACGAUUGCAAUUCCAGUGUAUGCAAUACAUCGUGAUCCGGAAAUAUGGCCCAAUCCUAGUAGUUUUAGACCGGAAAGAUUUUUAUCUGAUGAUGCAAAUAGUGCAAGACACCCAUGUAGCUACUUGCCGUUUGGUGUCGGAGCUAGAGCAUGUAUGGCUACUCAUUUUGUUACAAUGAUCUUUAAGAUGAUGCUUGUAAUAACACUGCGUAGUAUCAAAUUUAAAACUGUUGCUGAAACUGAAGUGCCAUUGUCUACCACAUCUUUAGCUAGUUUGCAACCGAUGUAUGAUGUGUAUCUUGGAAUUGAAAGAAGAGUAUAUGUGGAUUCGAUUUGA